UUUAAAAAAGUGAAAAAUAUUGAAAUUUAUUUAAAGAAAAACAUUAAUUUAUUUAGAAGAAUCACUAUAAAAAUCUUAUAAAUUCUUCUUUUGUUUUUUGAUUAAACAAAAAUUUUCAAAAUUCCUUUCACCAUGGAAACGUUUUACGAAGCCGAUCUAAAGGAUAUAUGGGACUCGGAUUUAGAUCCGACCGAUUCAUUGAAAUUGUCAACUGAUAGUGAUAUGCACGAUUGGUUUUUAGAACGAGAUGUCAAAGAUGCUGCUGUUAUACUCAAUGACAAAUUAAUAUCGGAUGCUCUAUUGAAUGGCACACUACCAAUUAAAUCGGAACACUCCUACAGUCUUAACAGCGAUGGAGAUUCUCUGCCAGAUUCACCACACAGUCUCCAUACUAAAAUGGAUGACAUGGAAGAUGAAUGUUAUCCCGCCAUUUCUCUUAAAACUGCUACCAGCAAUAUUAGGUCUCUUAGCACCGCCACCAUAGAUCCUAGAUGUCUAACAAUCACCACCUGCUCACCCAUGGCCACUACUAUGUCGAUGGCCUCCUCCACAGCAAGUAUAUCGGGUUUGAAUUUGCAUCCGUUGGUUUCGUCGGCAGCUUCCACCAUAACCAGUCAAUCAAAUUCCAGCCUGUCCUCAAACAGUAGCCAUUCCUCAAAUUUAUAUGCUGGUCUGUGUAAAAUAGCCACCACCACACCCAUAACGCUCAAUUUGCGUCAAAUGGACACAUGUCAGAGUUUGAACUCCUCCACAGAUGCCAAAUUGUUGGUGAAACAACAACAGCAACCCGCCUUACAAACCACACACCAGCAAUUACAAUUGCAACAUCAGCAUCAACACCAGCAUCAGCAGCAACAACAAUAUCUACCUCAUGAUGAUUUAGCUAGUAUAAUGGAUGACUGUGCCUCAAGUGUUUCCUCCAGGGAGGGCAGUCAGUCGCCUGACAUUUGCUCAGAUAUAGAAAUCGAUGAAUCCUGCAUUAAAAAUGAGCCCAUGUCUCCCGACUCCAGCUGUCCUUCCAGUCCCGAGGCUGCUGAUCAGUCAGCCACUAACAACAACUCGAAUGGCACUCUUAGUCUAACCAUGGCCAAUAUGGCUGCUUUCACAAAUUCCGACCUUGUAUUCGAACACAAGGAUGGUUGCCUGCAACUAACACCCUCUUCACAAAGCCUGCUCAAGUCACAACCCUUUAUCUUAAGCUCAAGUGCCCACAAUGUUAUACUACCCAAAAUCACCAUUAAAUCCGAGGGUACCGUAACAAAUGCCGGUACAUUUGUGACCGCCAGUCCCUCCGUAACUAAAACAAAUACCACCUCCUAUGGUUUGCCCUUAACCCCGCCUUCUUCGCACUCCAGUGAUGGUUCCGAGGGCAAUCUCACGCCCGAGCAUAUGCUAUCACCACAAUCGCCUACCUCUUCUUCAAACGCCACCACUAACGCCGCCACCAUGGUCCACAAUGCGAGGUCUAGCUCACAACCAACCAGCGGUGUCCUGACAGUUACCUCCAUUAGGCGUAAUACCAACAGCUCUGCCUCGUCGACUACCUCCAGCACAAGCUCCAGCGUUAGCAUGGGACGUCAUGCCAGCGUUGGUGGAGGCUCUACCCGCCAGCCCAUACACACACCUUUGAUCAGCUCACAGCCAAAGGGUUCGACGGGAACUCUGCUUUUAACCGAGGAGGAGAAACGCACUUUAUUGGCUGAGGGUUAUCCCAUACCACAGAAGCUACCAUUAACCAAAGCCGAGGAAAAGUCACUGAAGAAGAUCAGAAGAAAAAUCAAAAAUAAGAUUUCCGCCCAAGAAAGUAGGCGUAAGAAAAAAGAAUAUAUGGAUCAAUUAGAACGCAAAGUUGACAUUUUAGUUAACGAAAACAAUGACUACAAGAAACGUGUCAAAAAUCUGGAAGAUUCCAAUGCCAACCUACUAAGUCAAUUGCACAAAUUACAGGCUUUGGUAAACAAACAAAACCUCAAGAAGUCCUAAACGACUCUAAACUAAAACUGAAAGGAGUAAACAACAACAGCAACAACUACAACAAAAUGUUGGUAAAAACAAACUAAGAAAAUUGUUCUCAUUACAUUCCCAAACUCCCUCCUCCUAAUCCUAACCACACUCUAAUAUUUUAUCUAUUAGAUUUAAGACAGGAAAUAUUUUAGAAAAAAAAACAUGGCGUUUGUUUUAAUGAAGAAGAAAAAAAACUGGAAUUUUGUUUUUUUUUUUUAGAAAAAAGAAACACAAAUAUUAUAUAGAUUUUACAAUGACAUACAUAUUUAUAUUUAUGAAAACCUACAUAUAUUUAUAUAUAUUUACAAGAAACAACAACAACUGCAAAGAAAUUCCAUGUUAUUUAUGUUGUAUAUACAUUAAGAGCUUAAAACCAAGAUAUUGUAAGUUACGCCCACAAACGCCCACCCGCCCUUUAUGCUAACUUUAACUUACUUUAAUUACAGAGGAAAAUUUCUAAACAAUUGUUUUCUCUCUCUCUCUUUAUACAAUAUAUUAAUUUUUAUAAAACUUUCUGUUUAUUACAAUAAUUUUUUUUUUUUUUUUCAAAUUUUAUCUAACUUAACAGUAGAAAUAGUAGAAGUUUGUUAAAACAGAAGUAAAGAAACUAGUAAAAAAAAAAUGUUAAGAUAUUGUUUGACUGCCUCGCUAUAUGCCAAUUAUAUAUUUGUCUAGAAAUUAAGUUCCACAGAAAAGAAAAGUCGUCGUCUAUAGAGAACAUAUUUUAAAAAAAAAAUUAAAGAAAAAGUUGAGGUUUUUUAUGAAAGUUAAAAAAAAAUAAAAAUAGAAAUGACGUUAUGUUUUAAUAAUGUUCUUUUUUUUGUUAGUUUUUUCUUUUAAAUAUUUUAUGUGUUAAUUAACAUGCUUUUGGGCAAAUUGGCUUAUGAUCUAAAUAAUAUGGUCCUUCCGUAAAUAAAAUACAUUCCCUGGUCGAAAAUAAUUUAACUACAUACAUACUUAGCUAGCUAAAUAGUUGCAAACGUUUUAAAUAAUUAAAUACAUAUAUAUUGUAAUUGUCUCUAUUAAUUGUAAGCAAGCCACAUUUAGUUAGUUUAAUUAGUUUUCUUUUUAUUUUAUUUUAUUUGUAGUUAAACAAACAAUGAGAAAUCUUCUCCGAGCCACUUUAAAAUAUUUUGUUUUAUUUUAAUUCAAUUUUGUAUUAGGUAUUUUUUUAAUAUUAUUAGAGUGUUUUAAAACAAUUCUUUUAAUUUACAUAAUUUAACUAAUUUCGUUUUUUUUUUUCAAUUCAUAUAAAGAACAGCUGAGAUGUUAAGAAAGAUGUUGAAAGUGAGUGAAAAUUUAGUUCCACUCUGAACUAGAUAUGGAUUUAAAAGGAGUUAGGUUAUUUUUAAGAAGUUUGGAAUAAAAAUAAAUAAUUGGUUACCAAUCGAAGGCUAAACUUCAGAUGUCCCUUCAAUUUCAUAAUUGUAUAAGUCAAAGUCUUGAAUUCCCGAAUUUAUAUAGUCACCCCUAUCGCGAAUCAGUAUUCCACAUGAAAUAUGUUCCCUUUUCCUUUUUUCGUUCAUCAACUUUGUUCACGUGAAAAAAUUCCACAUGUUGUGGAAUUUUUAGAUGGAAUUUUGUAAACAAUAAACAGCUGUUACGAACAAAAUCAACUAUUGUGAAUGAAAAGUUCAUGGGGAAUUUCACGAUAGCAAUUUUCCCUUUGAGGGAAAUGGAUAUUUCAUGGGAACAAAAUUUCACAUGUUAUUGACGAUAGGGAUGAGUAUUUUAUGCAUUUGAGUAGCCCCUUCCGGUCUAGAAAACGUUGACCUCUGAAUUUAGUUUUUGAUGGAGAGGAAUAAAAAGGAGUGAGAUUAUGUCAAACUAGCAGUGCUCCUUUAAAGCAUCAUUUCCUCUGCAUUGUAUUACUCGCUGUGUCACAUAAUUAGCUUAUUUAGAGAUGGAAGUUUCCGGUUCGUUCUUCUUUCUAUUUGAUUGUCCUCAGAGUCUCCUUCCUCGAGUUUAGGAACACUAGAAACACUAAUACUUAAGGAAGUCUUUAUAUUUUUGGUAUUACAAUGUUAUAAACUGUGUUCUGUGGGUAAUUACUCAGGAACUUACAGUUUUUGGUGUUCUAAGAGCCCCGAAAUCAAAGGUUUUCGAAAUUCACAUCUCUUUUUGAUGUUCUCGUUCCUCGUUUGUUACUUCGAACGAGGAAACUCCAAAAACAUGAUUUUUUAUAAUAAAAAUAAGUCAUUGUUGUUGAGAAUAACAAGAAGAUAAGUUGCAAAUCCACCAUCCAGCUCCAGUGGAAGACUCAAAACCAGGAUAUUUUGAUGUUUGGGAAUAAAGAGCGAACAAAAACUCACAAAAUCCGGAUUUUGCUAAAUUCAGACCUCUGGCCAAUUUAGUACAGCUUUUGCAUCAUUUUGAAACUAUUUUCGAAUCAUUUUUCCAAAUUUAAAACUGGGAAUUUCUAAAAACAUAAAUUUUUUGAUAAGCGAGAGUAAAAAGAAGACAGGGAGUGUCAAAUUCAUCGUAAAGUCCUGGAAGCUGACUCAACACAUCGAUAUGUUUUGUGUAGUGCGAUCUAGAAGUCCCAUCAUCCGGAAUAUCGCAAAAUCUAUAAUUCUGGAGAGUCCCAAAGACGUUUAGUGCAACUUUUCUGGGAAUUUGAAACAGAAAUUUUGAUAUGGGAGAGUAAAAAGAAGUCAGUGAGUGCCAGAUACUUCGUUAAGUCCUGGAGACUGACUCAACACAUCGAUAUUUUUUGUGUAGUGCGAACAAUGUGGGUCGAUUGUUCAGGAGUUGAGGAUUUUGAGCGAUCUAGAAGUCCCAUCAUCCGGAAUAUCGCAAAAUCUAUAAUUUUGGAGAGUCCUAAAGACGUUUAGUGCAACUUUUCUGGGAAUUUGAAACAAUUUUCGAAACACUGUUUCCAAUCCGAAAAGGAAACUUCUAAAAUCAUGAGAUUUUUUGAUAUGGAAGAGUAAAAAAAAGUCAUUGAGUGCCAAUUUUCCAAACCCUUGUCCUUUACGAAGAAGGAAACUCCAAAAACGUGAAGCGUGAAUGUAAAAAAGAAGAUAUUGAGUGGGAAAUAUAUAAUGAAUGACUCAACAAUUGGAUUGGCAGAAUUUUAAGCAGCUUUAACUCUACUUUGUUUAGAUCUCUGACAUUUUCAAAGUCUUCGCGACCAUUAGAUUGGAAUGCCUUCUAAGCGAUCAUGUUUUAUGGAUCUUGUCUGGUCUUAAAAUAUGCCUACAGUCAUCUGCAGUUUAGUUUGGAAUCCAAAUGCCUACAAUUAGAUUCACCUUUCUUCUAAACAAAUCCAUUCCCCAGUUAUUGCUACUAUUUUUAUCAUCCACUUUCUUCAAUUUUCAAAGUUUAACAUCUACCUUUCGGGACCUAGAUUUCAGUAAGUUAUCGUUUAUUAUUAAUUUAAUUCAGACCAAAAACUCCUAAGAGUUUAAAAGGUUUUAAUGCCUAUGAGGCUUAAAUAAUAACAAACCACCGGAAACUUUAAAUAUAUAUUGUGUGUAAGAAGGGAAAAUAUAAACGAUAAUUUCAAAACUGAUAUUAAAGCUGUUCUUUCAACAUGAAUAAAUUUCCCAAUUUCUUUCAAAUACAUAAUAAAAUAUCAAAUAAAAUACAUAAAUUAAAUAAAUUAAAUAACUAAUUGUUAAGUUUUUCCAAUAGUUGUACUAUAUUUAAAUGUAAAAUUUUAGUUUUCUCUAUUUUUUUCUUUUUUUUUGUAAUUAGCAACUUAAGUUACAGCAUGUUGAUUUAUUUUAAUUAAAAAAUAAGAAUUUAUUACAUUUAAUCAAACACACACACACACACAAAUAUACAACAAAUUUUUAAUGAAACACCAGGAAUUGUAACAUGAAUGAUGAAUUAAUUAUAAAGAAUGAAUGAUGAAAUUUGUUUUGUUAAAUAGUCCAAUUUUUAAUAAAAUUUUACUAAAUAAGAUAAUUUUUGCUGUUAAUAAUGAUAUUGAUACUAAUUAUAUAAAAAAAAAUUAUAAUAUUAUUUAAUAAGUUUUGAUCCCCAAAAAAAUAAAAAUAUUAUAAUUUUUGUCCCGCUUUAAACAAAACAAAAACAAAAAAUGUUACAUACGCAUAAACGUUUUAAAUGCAGUCGAAAGAGUCAUAUUUUUUUAAGUUUUAUUACUUUUUAUUAUUUUUGUGAACUUUUAGAAGAAUUUAUAUUAAAUUAUUAAAAUAAUUUGUUUUAUGUUUUGCCUAAGCAAACGCAUAAUAAUGUGUAAAUGAAAAGCGGAAGUUUUAAUUUCUUCCAUAGAUUUAAAAAAAAAAUCAUUAAAAACUUUAGCUAUACUUUUGUUUGGUCAGACCAUUUCUAAACCAAUUUUCUUUACUUUUUGAUAUUUUUCUUGGUAAUUUAAUGUUUAAAUUAAUUUGUUUACCACACACACACAACUUUAUGUGCAAUGUCUUAGUUAAAUUUUAUUUUAUUAAUGUAUUUUAUUAAUGCUUGAUUUUAUUGGUUUUUAAAAUUGUUUUUUUUUUCACUUGUUUUUCUAAAAACGAGGCGCAAUAUUUUUUAUAAAAAUUAUUACUUAAUAAUAUUAUUUGCAAAUAAAACCUAUUUUUUAUUGUAUUUUUAUAUGUAUGUAUAUUUAUUUGAAUAAAUACACAAUGUUGCAUUAUUUAAGCAUAAAACGAAAUGGAGUAUCUAACUAAUGAAACGAAUUAAACUAUUAAUUAUUAAACAAACAAACAGAAAAAAAAUCAAAAUUAUGUAAAUACCACAAAAAAAUAGAAAACUUAAAUAUAUACGAAAAAACAAAAAAAUAUUUUCAGAAUAAAUUGUAAUUUAUAACAAACAAAAAACGGAAGUAUAUACACAAAACUUACCUAUGACAACAACAACAAAAAAAGUACUAUAUAUACAAAUAUUAUUUUUUUCAAAAUAAAGUGCAAUUCAAAAAUUA